AAAAUAAGAUAUAAUUUUCUUCUCUUAUUUUUUUUUAAAAAAAAAUUAAUACAAACCUUUCUUUCUUUCUCUCUCUCUCUCUCUCUUUCUUUAUUCAUUCCCUUUCCUUUUAAUCUUACUCAUUUCAAAUGCUGACACAUUGUCAAGAGAAAGCUUCAAUACCCAAUAUAACAGAGAUGAUAUAUCGUCUUAAAACACGUCUGGCACUAGCUAAUUUUAAAAGACAACAUGGCUAUGAAAAGUAUGAUUUACAUACAUUAGAAUCUAACUUGUUAAGGAAAAAGAAUAUUCUUCAUAAACAAAGAACCUAUCAUCAUAUCAAUAAAUUAACAACAACCCAUAAAAAGAAAAAGAAACAAAGACAUCGUUAUUAUCCAACCAGUUCGUUCUUACAUCAUCGUCAUAGCAAUAAAAUACUCAUCACCCAUCCACCCGCAGUGCCUUUACUACUAAGUUAUCCUUUAUCCGAAAAACGUAGUACAUCUCCACCCCAAGUGCAUACAUCCAUUUUAUUAGACGAUGAUGAAGAUACAGCUGCGAAUAUUCUUGUUAUGUUACAUAAUAUGUCUUGAAUCAUCUCCCUUCUUUCUUCCUUUUUGUUAUACGGCUUUUAUUGUAAUAAAUUGUAUGUAUGUAUGU